UGGGACACCUUUUGGCCAGUUCAUUACUCGCUGGUCUCGUUGAUACGGCAUCAGCAGGCUGUUGCCCUCUGACCUUGCUUUGUGCAGCGCGGUCCUGGGUACGCAGUCACCUUGGCAAUGACAAUCACUCUCCAAGGCUAUGACAUCACUCUAAAGAGUCAAUGAGGAGGAGGAGGAGGAUGGAGAGCUGGGGGGGUGGGCGCUGUCCCUUGCUCUACAAAACCUCUGCAGCAUCCCAGCUGAUGCCCCAACAUUCCAGCUUCUGACAAGAGGACAGACGGAAGAAAACGCAAAGAAAAAUCCUCCCUUUUUAUUUCCAUCACAGAGAAAAGAGUAGGAGGAGUCCACCAAGUGAGACAUUGAUGCUCCCUGCAGGUGCCAACAAGUGAGAGGUAACCGAUAGACCGAGGAACCAGAGGGAUGGAGAGGAGUCUGUGAGCAGAAGACACCCAGACAGAAACCAGACCGUGUAUUUUUACAGAGCUGAUCCAGUUUUUUCCUGCCACUCGUCUCUGCUGCCAUGCUGUGCCCUGUGCUGCUUUGUGCCACUCUGCUCCUCCUGACACCUUUGGAGAUCACGGAGGCUCGCGCUCUGCACCCUCCUCCUGAUGCUGUGCAGUUCAUGGAACAAUUUCUGGAACGCUACAAUGACCUUUUGACCCUGGACGACCUGGAGAACCUGUUAAACAGCCAACAGGAGGAGCAGUCCGCCUUCUCCUCGGGGGCCAAAGCGGCAGAGUACCCCAAAUUGGCCGACGCGCAAACUCAGGCCGAGACCCCCUGGCUGCGCCUGCUGAAGGGGGCUGUGGCCAAUCAGAAGCGAGCAGGACCAGACCGGUCCCGGCGGGGAUGGAACCGGGGAUGCUUUGGGCUGAAACUGGACCGGAUCGGGUCCGUGAGCGGACUGGGCUGUUAGUUGGAGAGAGAAUAGAGACUGGCAUUAGGAAAAAAAAAACACACGUGCAAAGAUGUUCACGUGCACUGAUGGAUGUUUACAUGUGUUUAGGCUUCGUGUAGUGUGGUGUAAACUGGCAGCGUUUGCUAAUGUGGUUUCAUCCAGCGUGGAUCCAAUGCUUCACGCUACUGUGAGCAGCUGUAGUUCAUUCCAUGUGCAAGUAUUAAACGGACUAUUAGAACAUUGCUUGAGCUGCGUUUACAUCAAACGAUCGUCUUUGUUUGCUGUGCUUGUUUUUGAGUAAAUGGACACUUUAUGUAUUUCUAGCAUUUGUGUUUGUAAAGUAAAUGUGAUUAGAGUGUUGUUAAAUCCACAAAUGCGGUGUGUGUGUGUGUGUGUGUGUGUGUGUAAUGGACGUAGAUGUUAAAAUAUGAAGGCACCUGGGAUUCCUACUGGUUGCUGUUUGUUUUCUUAUGGUUUGCAUGAAUAAAUUGAUUUGACAUGUA